AUGCUUUCCGAAUCAUUUGUGGCGUCGACGCUGUCAUCUAACAAAUCUCCGACAGCCUCGCUCAGAGAUGUAGGGAUCUGCAUUCACGAAUUGCAGCCUUCGUCAAUCCUGCGAUCGACUUUCAAGAAGAGCUCUACCACAACCAAUUGUCUGGCCAUCACCCCCUCGCAUAUUUUUACGGCCCAAGCAGAUAAGGCCGUCUUGCAUGUGUAUAGCAGAGAGAAGGGAAAUCAGGAAGGAAUUGUCCCAUUCCCGGAACGGAUCCGCAGCAUCGCCGUUGCGGGCGGGAAGUAUGGUGAUAUUCUAGUUUUGGGUACCGAGGGUGGACGUUUGAUCCUCUGGGAGACAUGCACAGGACGUCAGGUAGCCACCACAGCCUCCCACUUGCAACCAGUGACCUCGCUCGUCAUUGAUCCCACCUCCAACUUCAUCCUGUCCGGUUCUGCUGAUGCCAGUGUACACGUUUGGUCUUUGCCUGGUAUUCUUUCCUUCUCGAAGCCCGCUCUGAGCGCGACUCGUCAGCCUACGAACUCACCUCUCCGAACCUUCUCCAACCACCGAGCAGCAAUCACUUCUCUGGCUGUCGGACACAGCAAUGGCCGCAACAACAUUGUCGUGUCAACGGCGAAGGACAACACUGCGAUCGCUUGGGACUACCACACUGGUCGCGCAUUGAGAACCUUCCUCCUCCCAUUCUCCGCGACAUCUGUGACUCUGGAUCCAGUGGACCGCGCUUUCUACGUUGGAUAUGAAGAUGGCAGUGUGCAAUCGGUAGACUUCUACCGAGGCCACUCCGUCCAGCACCCCCUCCACGACCCCUCAGUGCAAUCGACCCCAGUACAGGUCUCCACCGAGGAUCGUUGGCUCCCUCCGUCCGCCGAAUCAGGAUCGGCGAACACCCUCUCCCUUACAUACGACGGUACCACGUUACUCUCAGGCCAUGCGAAUGGCAAGGUCCUAUCAUGGAACGUUGCGCGACGGAAAUACAUCGCCGCUGUGGCCGACUACACGCACCCAAUCACGAACCUAGUGAUGCUCCCUCCAGCUGGCAUCCCCCACCCAUCUUCCGACCUCCAGAGAAAGGCCCACGCCGUAGUCAAGCCGCGCCUUGAUAAUGGCCUAUCUUCUCAACUCCCCGGCGCCGUGCCUGCAGAGUACAUGUUCCACACCCAGAUCAUCGCACCCAACUCCACCCGCACCCCCACCCAAUUCUCCCAAGCUCUCACCCACGCCUCUUUCCCCGACUCCAUGAUCGACGAGGGUCUCGCAGAGCUAGCUUCAUUCGGGCAGCCUGGCACUGAAGUGCGCGCCGGUGCAGCCAAGCCCCAAGCCGCUCCCGCUCAGGACUCGCGCCAGUCGCAAGCACAAGUUACCGAGUUAGAGAAUGAGGUGUCUGUGCUCAAGAAGAAGGUCGCGGUCAAUGAGACCGCCCGUCACAAUGCAGACGAUGAGGUCGUACAGCUGCGCUCAGACCUUGCUAAUCUGCAGGAUUACAUCAAUGAGCUCCAUGAAAAGCAGGAGGCCGCUCGCAAGGCGAAGGUCCUUAGGCGAGCAAGGAAGCAGGAGCACGAGACCAAGAAAAGGGAAGUUUGGCUUGCGGCCGAGAAAAAGGGUCAGAGUGGAGAUGCGGCUGUUCAAAAGAUGGACGUUGACGCUGAGGCCAGUGACUCGGAUCAGAGUGAUUAA